AUGGCCACAACUCAAACACUCCAUCGUAUACGCCCCGGCACUACCGCCGAUAUCACAGCGGCUACAAACCUCUAUAUGCAGAGCUUCGACAAAGAAAAACUCCUGGACUUCAUGUUCCCCGGCCGCCACACCGACUCAACUCCCUUUCGCAUGUGGAUAGCUCGGCGCUUUCUAUUGCGCUACUGGACGCCCGGUUAUGUCCUCACUAUGCUCGACGAUCCCAAGGGCAGACCUGUAGCCUUUACCUGGUGGCAUAUCCCAGACGAGUCCUUGUCUUUCCGCCAGCGGUGGCUCUCGCUUCGUACGUCUCCCUAUCAGACCGCAAUGUGUUCCAUCUUCAUGUCCACUGCCUUGUUUCAGAAUAUGAUCAAGUUACUGACCCGCCCUUCUUUUUCAGACGCUUGGAUGACCCCUAUAGUGAGGGCUGUGCUGAAGCUGCACUCGUUCCUCUUCCCUAUCCGCGGUGUUGACAAUCAUCGCCUUGGUAUCUAUGAUCGUGUGUUCAGUACCAUCGAACCAGACGUCCUCAACUCUCCUCGACGUCGCUCAGCUUGGUAUCUCUCUUCUCUCGGUGUGUCUCCUGAUGUUCAGGGCGCUGGUUAUGGUUCCCUGCUACUCCAGCAUGGCUUAGAGGCGGCCGAUCGUGCAGAUGUUCCCACUUGGCUGGUGGGAUUGCGUGGGCUCGAUAAUUUUUACAACCGUUUUGGUUUUGUCGAAGUGGCCAGAGCCAACAUUGGAGAGUUGAAGGACUGGGACGGCGGUGUCAUCAUGUUCAGGGGGGAAUAA